AUGCGCAAUCCGCAACUCGAUGGAGAUAGGUUUUACGCGAAUAGAUUCACGUACAACAAACAGAGAGAUCUUCUGGGUGAAGGCACAUACGGGAAAGUGUAUCGCGCAUUCGACACGUUUGGCAAGUCUAGAGUUGCAUUGAAGCUUGUCACGUUCGAUCCGAUGAUUGAGGGCUGCCCUCUACUUGUCCUGAGAGAGCUCGGUACCAUACGUAAGGUCCUCAAUAAUGUCGGGGAAAGAGACAGCGGCUAUCGACACAUUGUCAGCCUACGAGACAUCAUCUAUGAGUCCGGUGGGAAUUCCGUGGGCAUCUCUUUUGAGCUGUGUGACUGCGAUCUACGGCAGCGGCAGAUGUUUGCCGGACUUUGCUUUUGCCAUGAACAAGGCGUUCUGCAUCGCGAUGUGAAGCCCCAGAAUGUUCUCAUUAAGGGCAACAUGCAUAGCGGCUCAGCAUGCCUUAAGCUAGCGGACUUCGGACUUGCUCGGACAUUCCGGCCGGAUGUUCGUGCUUACACUAGGGAAAUCCAAACUCUGUGGUAUCGAGCGCCCGAGAUCCUCCUUGGUGCAAAAGAAUACGGCCCUGCUGUAGAUAUUUGGAGCGCAGGAGCGGUCAUCUACGAGCUUUGUGAGACGCCUGAGCCAACACUUCCCCAAAUGGAGACGAUCAGAGGCUCAGGUAUGCUCGUUAGCAUUAAUGCCCAAUUGAAUCCCACGACACAGACAAUUGUGAUGUUAAACGAGAAAGUGCACUCGACAACUGUCUCGAGGGUAUUGACAAGCAUUCUCAAGUUCUGGCCUACAGAUCGACCAUGUGCUUCCCGAGCAGUUCAGCUCUGUUCAUCAUAUCAACCUCGCGUGACCGAUGGUGUCGAGAGAAGAGUAUUCAAGCAGAAGUGA